CAAAGAAACAAAAAAAUCAUUUGCUUGUGAAGCAAAAAUCUGUCGGCCAAUUCAAAGGUUUUAAACAGUUGCCUUGGAAUGUUUGGGGGUCCUGCCCUGUUUUUUGGGAUUUGCAACUUCAAAACUCAUUUGGUACCCUUUAUAUUACUCUCUCUUCAUAUAUUCAUUCUACCAAUCCUGCUUAAUUAACCAUUUAUUAUUCUACUUAUUAUUUGAAUUCCAAAACCUCUCUUACAAACAAAUAUAUAUUAUCAUCACAUUCAUCAUUUGAAGAUACAAAAUGAAGGGGAGAUUCUUCUUUUUUCUGCUAACUCUGCAAAUAGUGAGUUUUGUUUCUGUAGCAAAGAGGCCUUUUCUUUCAACUCAUCAUGGCAUUCCACAUCAAGCUCUAGAAAAGUCUCCAAAGGCUUCACCACCUUAUACCAUUGAAUCAAAUAAGUUGAAGGGUAUAAUGGGAAUAGAAGGUAUGUCAGAGAGAAGGGAAGAAGCAAAUGAUAGAGGAGUGAGUAAAAUAGGAUCAAGUCCACCAAGCUGUGAGCACAAAUGCUAUGGUUGUUUUCCAUGUGAAGCUAUACAAGUGCCAAGCACAAGCAGCCAUUUGGGUAUCAUGUAUGCAAAUUAUGAGCCUGAGAGUUGGAAAUGCAAGUGUGGUCCUUCUUUCUAUAGUCCAUGAAUUCAUAUUCUCCAUUUUAGUUCAUUAUCCACUAAAUAUUAAUGUAA